GCGGCCGACGCCGCGCGCGGCAGCCCAGCCCGCCGGCGCAGGCGGCCCCGCCAGCGGCCACGCCAGCGGCAACAGCGUCGGCAGCGCCACCGGCGGCGCCUGCCCUGAUUGCGACCGCCGGGGCGGCGACGGCCCCGGAGGCGGCAGCUCCUGGGGCGCCCGCCCAAGCUGCACCUCCCCAAGUGCCGGCAGCACCUGUGCCCCCCCCACGAAUGGCGACAGCCCCGGCGGCGGCAGUCCCGGCAGCGGCAGCGCCCGCAGUGGCUGCAACGGUGGCAGCCCAAGUUGACACAGCCCCAGUGGCAACUGUGGCGCCGACGCCGCCGCAGCCGCCCGCUGCGCCAGUCGCUCCACAGGCGAUGGACGCACCACCACCACCACCACCAGCCGCAACACCUGCACCUCGUGCACUGGCGAGGCCACCAGCUGCAGCAGUGCCAGCUGCACCCGCCAGGACCCCAGCAGCGCCAGCCAGUGCAGCGGCACAGAAAGCCAGCCCGCCGGCGCCGAAGAAGACCAAGCAAAAGAACAAGGACGGCGACUUCAUGGACGGGGUCUACAGCAGCGCCGCAGGCUCGGUGCCAACGGCAUACACCGCUUGGACGCCCGACGGCGAGAGCAGGACACCAAAAGCCUCCACUGCCAGCCUGGCCGACCCUGCGAAGAGCAUGAAGGAGAUGCUCGGCGACUUCGACGACGACACCGACGACACCCCCCAGAGCUCGAAAAAGGCGCCCGCCGCAGCCGCCCGCACAGCGAAGAGCGCCCCGGCAGCUCCAGCUGCGCCAGCCGCGCUGGCAGCGCCGGCAGCGCCUGCAGCGCCCGCGGCAGCGGCAGCGCCCGCGGCAGCAGCAGCGCCAGCAGAGCCCGUAGCGCUGGCGGCGCAGACCGCCCCUGCGGCCUCGUCGGGCGACGACUCCCUGGAAGACCCGCCGCCGCAGCUGCCUCGCUCGGCUCCGCCUGCCCCCCGGGCCCCCGCGCCGCCCGCCGCGGCCCCGCCGCCGGCGGCGGCCGCCACCAGGCAGGACAGCGCCGACGACGAGGAGGACGAAGACAUGAAGCUGCUGGAGAGCGGCCCCAGGCUGGCCCGCACCACGACGCCCCGGCCCGCCACGCCCACCGCCGCGGCCAAGACCUCGGACAAGGAGGACGCCGAGGUCGACGCAGACAUGGCCAUGCUGGAGGACAGGCCCCCGCCGCACAGCGCUGCCCCGCGUUCGGCAGCCAGCGCGGCGCCGGCCGCAUCUGCCCCGCCAACCGCUCCCGCGGCGACGUCGCCCAUGUCGGACCUGGACGACGACACGCCCGCGCCGCCGCCGCCGCCGCCGCCGCCCGCGCGGAGGACUGAGGCGGUGGCGCACGGCAGCCUGGUGCAGAAGGCGGCUGCCGGCCGCGGCGGCGCGGCCGACGCGGCCACGGCGGACGCGGCCGCGACGGAGCACACCGAGAUGCCAGGCGUGCCGACGCAGUACGCCGCAUGGAACCCGACGAACGACGCGCCGACGGCCGCCAAGCCUUCGGCGCUGGAGGACAUGGUCGCGGACUUCGAGAGCGACGAUGACGACGAGGACUCGCCAAAGCCCACCCCGCCGCCGAAGCACAGGAGGGGGCACAAGCGGGCCGUGGCUGCCGUCCAGCAGCGGACGACGACCCCGCCGCCGAGCGACGACGGGGUUGUCUACGACGACGACGACCUCCCGAAGCACCACCACCCGUCCAUCUCCUCCGAGCUGUCCGGGGGCUGGCAGUCGCUGAUGAAGAAGAGCCACCCCAAGAAGCCCAAGCUCGACCCGGACGUGGCCGUCAUGCAGAGCCUCUACUCGAGCGACGGCGCCCUCCCGACGCAGUACAAGGUGUGGAGCCCCGGCGGCGCGGCCGUCGCCAGCGCUCCCGCCGCGGAGGACCUCCACUCGGCCGCGAAGGCGUUCAUGGCUGCGGACGGCGCCGCGUCCUUCGUGCAGGAUCUCCGCGCAGGGCACCUCGAGGCCUCGCGGAGGCACCGGAUGGUCUCCAGAGGCCCAGACAUACCAAGGCCGCCCUCGCCCGACCUGCUGCUGGAGCUCGCGGCGUCGGCCAGCGAGGCGCCGCGGAAGACGCCCGACGUGCUCCUGGAGAUCGCGGCGGCCAGCGAGCUGCAGGCGCGGGGCAAAGGCGGGGUCGCCGCGCAGGCCUCGAAGGCGCAGGCAGUCUCCGCCGGCACGCAGGCGGCCAAGAAGGGCGCGGGCGCCUCGAGCUCGGCCGAGGGCGCCUCCCUCUCGGACGCCGCCAGCGUGGUCCUCGAGGAGUACGCCGGGGUGCUGCACAGCAAGCAGCUCCAGCACCUCGCGCGCGCGCGGCUGGGCCGGGCGAAGCUGGCGGCGCUGUGGGAGAAGCUGCACGCCCUGGACCCGCUGCUGCACCCGGAGGUGUCCGCCUCCCACAGCAAGAAGGUGCAGCAGGCGGAGCAGUGGUGCCAGUACUUCCAGCGCAACGAGCAGUCCGCCGCCCCCGUGCACCAGGCGGUGGCCAGGCUCGAGAACGCCACCAACCAGCUGGCGGAGGCGUCGUCCCGCCGCAGCGCCCUCGUGGAGGAGGUGGACGCCCGGACCCAGCUGCAGAAGACGGUCAUGCAGGACGUUGCGAGCCUGACCGCCUUGCUCAAGGUGGCGCGAGAGGGCCAGGACACCGCGAGCCUGCUCCAGGCCGGCCGCGGCGAGGCCGCCGCCGCCGGCGGCGUCGCCGGCGCCGCCGCCGAGCUCGAGGUGGACCAGGAUCGGCGCCCUGCCGCGGAGACCACCGGCCCGGGCUGGGCGGGGCGGAAGCGCAACCUGGUGCUUGAGGCCUACCGCGCGAGCCUGGCCCGCCUCCAGAGGGAGGUCGCCGAUGCCGACCGUGAGCUCGCGGCGAAGAAGGCACAGGUGGCCCGGUCGCAGCAGGGCGUGGAGGACGCCCGCAGGCGCCUCGCGGGCAUCCGCACCUCCUGCGAGGUGGCGCUGAAGGUGCUGGGCAGCCCGUGA